AUGUCAUCAACAAGGAGAACAACAGAGGCACAAAUAUAUGAUCAAGAAGAACCAAUGGAGGUAUAUCCAUUUUGGGUUAAGGAUGAAUCACCAAUAAUGACCAACCCAUCACCACUGCAACAAGAACCUGCUGAAGUACAAAUUGAAGUUGAGGUAAUUGUUUUGAAUAAGCAACAACUGUUGAAGGAAAAGAACAAGAAAAUAUUGAACAACAAGUUGAAAUUGAGAAAAAAAAAUGAAAAGAAGCGACGAGUGUACACAAGAAAAAAGAAAGUAGAAGAGAAAAAGAAAAACUUCAGAUCAUUUGUUGUUUUGUUGGUUUUUGAAGAACACAAGGAGCUUGGAAAAAGGACAAUAAAACCUGGAAUUGCUCAAAAGUCACCAUACACUACGAAGUUUGGGUCAGCUGAAGGAGAGAGUACAUGGAUAAAGAGAGCAACGCGAGACACUCCUACAACAUCAAAACACUCUCAAACUUCUUUUGAUUUAGGGAUAUCACCUUUGGAAGCUCCAUUGCUUGUCUCCCCACUUCAAGCAGUUCCACCACUUAAACAAGCCUCACCAUUUCAGCAAGCCUCAACUUUAGAAGAUGAACAAAACAUAAUAAAUCACCCAUUUACAGAUGAGUUCGACAAACCACUGGCACUAACAUUAUGUAAGGAUUAUGCAAAGUGGCUGAAAGAAGGUUUUGAUGAACGAAAAGGGACAUAUGUAGAAAAUGAAGCGAUUGAUCACCCAUUUAACUUUGUGGAAGAUGUUGUGAAGCACAAAAUGUGGUUCUAUGAUAUAUGGUCAUCGAUAAAAUGUAUCAGUGAUUAUCAUAUGGAUGUUGUGUUCUAUUAUUUGCGUAAAAAAUUUAGACACAAUAACACAAGGUGCACAACAAUGGAUGCCAUAUGUGAUCGCUACAUCAACAAAUCUUGGGAAACAUAUAUCCACAAUUCAAGCGAACAAUUCUCUUGGGAAAAAAAGCCGUAUGAUUACCUACUGAAUUGUGCAAAUGGAAAGAAAAUGAGAAUUGCUACACCAUGGAUUAAUGUGGACUUUAUCUACAGCCCUGUUUACAUACGCGAUAUGUACCAUUGGGUGAUUGUUGAAAUCGUCUUGAAGAGCAAAAAGAUUAAAAUAUAUGAUAGCAUGGCUGGGAAAUGGCACAAGAAGAAUGUCAUGACAUCUGUAACUGUUGGGGAAAGGAAAAAUAUUGAAGAAGGGGAUUUUGAUAUGGAAUUUGUGGAAGACUUGGAAGUUCAACAAAAUGGAUUUGAUUGUGGAAUAUUUGUCAUCAAGAGAGUUGAAGCUUUGAUGUCGAACAAUAGUUUAGAAGAUAUCACAAACCAAAAAAUGCGCUUCUUUCAUGAAAAGUUAGCUGUGGAGCUUUAUGCUUGGGGAAAGGAAAAACAGAGGAGAAAUACUGAUAGUGAUACAGACAUGGUUUUGUAA